UGGUAUUGAAAUGCAGCAUCUGGAAGUGUGUAGAAAUCUGAUUGAAGCUAUCCAUUGCAAUCUGAAUCCAAAUGGUAUUGAUCAUCCUGUCCCCACAGAAGGUAUUAAUCUGCAACUUGAAGGUGAAGGAGUUGAAUCGCCCUCAGUUAAGAACACUAGUGCUCCAAAAGGGCCUGAGUCAAAAGAGACACCUAAGAGACAAGUGGAGCCAGAAAUAUCUAAGUCCGGGACUGUGAAGCUGACCAAGCCUGUGGCAUUAUGGACCCAGCAGGAUGUCUGCAAAUGGCUGAAGAAACAUUGCCCUAAUCAGUAUCAAAUCUACAGUGAGUCAUUCAAACAGCAUGACAUAACUGGCCGUGCUUUGCUGAGACUUACUGACAAAAAGCUUGAACGAAUGGGUAUUGCCCAGGAAAGCCUGCGACAGCACAUUCUGCAGCAAGUCCUUCAGCUGAAGGUGAGAGAAGAAGUCCGAAACCUCCAGCUGCUUACACAAGCCCCAGCAGAGAGCUCUCCAUAAACAUUUCCAGCCUCUAAAGCUGCUGUCCUGCCACUUGAUAUGAAAGUGAACUUUCCUUCAUGAAAAAACCACAAUAAAUGGCGCUGCCAGAAAAUGACCGUGGAGGAUUGAAGACAAACUUGAAGUAAAAUCAGCAGACUCAGAUGAUGCAUUCUGGGAAGACCUGGUUUGCUGUGGAGUAAAAACGUGGUGCAAAAUAUCCAGUGCUAAUUUGUUGAAAAUGGUCAUUUACAGACCUUUAGCUGGAAAAUUUCUUCCAGUUUUCAUCACUGUGCAUAACUUUUGAGUUCCCUUUAGGGGACUGUCUAUGCCCUUCACUAGAAGUCCUGUUUUAGCAUGGCAACUACUGGAUUCUUUUAUUAUGUAUGCAGAUGGCAUGAUGUUUUAGGAAAAACAGCAAUUCUCCAAUCUCAGUGGAUAUGUUCACAAUAUUACACCCUGAUAGGAAUGUAAACGUCUUGUAUGUGUUAGUUUUGCAGUCUAAUGGUAUUCUGUUAAACAAUAUCAGCACUUCAUAUGUGCUUUCCUCACAGAACUAGCACAGUCCAUAUAUAUAUAAAAUGGUCUUUUUUUAAAAUACUGAGGAUAUGUUUCAGUAUUUGUGCUGAGACUGCAUCCAAACUGAAGCCCACUACUAUCAUCCCUUCACCAAUUCACAUUAGAUUGUGUAGAUAGAUUUGCACGUGGCAGAGAUGUGACUUCUUUUAUCAAGACUUAGAGAACAGCUGUCACAGAGGUAGCCAAGAACAGGGUAGGUUGAAUGAGCUGUAGGACGCUGUGUCUGCUCUCCCUCUCAUCCACCAAAUAUCAAAGGUUCUCAUUUCUAGUGUGCCAAUGUGUUUUCUUACUCAGAGAGGGAGAGGCAAGGGAGAGAGCCUUUCUCAGAAGUGUGUGUGACCCUGGGUUUGGUCUAGAGUAAAACUAGAAUAAACUGGAAGAAUUCA